UAUUACCAAAAAAUGACUUUAUACAUUAUACAGUUGGACCUCGAUAAGUCGACCUUCCCUAAGUCGAAAACCUUCCAAUCGAAUUAAUUGUUAGCUCCCGGCCAAAUUUCAUAAGACCAAUGUAUUUUAGAUCUCCUUAACUCGAAGAUUUUUUGGCUUCCAACCUUCAUUAGUCAAAUUUUGAGUCAUCACCAACAAGACGCAACUAUGUCUCAAACUGUUCCAAACUAUGUUCCAAAUUGUCUCAAGAAAGUCGCUUUUACCCCAUUUUCCUUUCAUCUUUGUCAGUCUGUUAUUGGGAUGAGCACUGAAUAGUGCGGUACGUGCCGCGGGAAUGGCAAGUGGUAAGCGUAAGCCGAAAAAGUUAAUCGCAGAAAAAGUUACAGUCAGAAGAAAGUGGAUGCAGCAAUGGUCCGGAAGAAAAGAAGAAUCAUCCUUUUCAUCGACAAUUGCACAGCACAUAACCAGAUCCCUAUCAUGAAAGCUAUGAUAAUCAAGUUUUUGCCUCUGAACAUGACAUCCAAGCUUCAACCUCUCGACCAGGGCAUCAUUAACAAUUUCAAGUUCCAAUACCGCAAACUUGUCGUCAGAAAAUUGCCGCGGGAUAUCAAAGACAAACGCCCACUUAGAACUGACUUGCUAGAAACUGUGCAAAUGGCCUGGAAAACUUGGGAUGAAGUUCUGAAGGAAACAAUCAAAAACUUCUUCAGAAAAGCCGGUUUUGGACAGCAAACCGCUGAUGAUUCAGGGGACUUGGAGGAAAUGCAAAUGGAAACAGACGAUGCACUUGCAAGCCCCGAAGAAUGGUCUAUGGUUCUCACAGCUACUGGCGCCGAGAAGGAAGUGUCCUUUCAAGACUUUCUCGAAGUUGACAGUGCGGUAAAUGUUUGUGGAGAACUAACGGACGCUGACAUUGCUGAGGUAGCAAACGAGGAAGAAAAGGAAGAUGAGAGUGGAGAUGAGGAAGAAGAUGACAAGGAUGGUGAUACACAUCCUGCCCCCAGUCGAAAAGAAACGAGGCAGGCUAUUGAGACACUGCACAGAUUCUUGGAAUCUACGCCGAAUCUUGAGGAAAAGGUGUUCCAGUCCAUUAUGAGAUUGAGGAGAUUUUGGAGUGAGAUGCGUCGGCACAUCGACGCCAAACGUAGUUAACAGACUUUUUUCUCUAAAGGUAAGCUGUUUGAUUUUACUGUUCGAUAGUACAGUACUGUACUAUAUGCAUCCGUAUAAAACGAUAAUAUAAUAAAUGGUUAUAAUACAGUAAUUAAGCCAGAAAAACAUUGUCCUUGAUUAACCUGCGCCUAUUAUGCCAUUUUCCCUAACUCGAAAAUUCCGUAAGUCAAAUUUUUUUUCCGGGUCCCUUUGAGUUCGACUUAUCGAGGUCCGACUAUAAGUUUAAAACUUAAAGUAUGGAUUUACAAAUGUUUAC